AGGGUGUCCGCCCACCUGCCGGGCGCUGACGACUUGUUCAGGCUCCACCCCCGCCGGGCCGUCCUGGAGGCUGGAGGGAGGUGUUUGGGUCCGCAGGGCGUGUACUCUACUCCUGUUUGUAUCGAGUUGUUCUCGGGCUUGUCUUUGUUGACGGAUUGUUGUGGUUGAAUUCGGCCUGCGCGCGAGAGAAGGCAAAGGCGAUGUGCGAGCCCGUGAAGCAGGACAUCAUCACCAUCUUCAAACGGCUCCGUGCCGUUCCCACAAACAAGACAUGCUUUGACUGUGGAGCAAAAAACCCAAGUUGGGCAAGCAUAACAUAUGGCGUUUUCCUGUGUAUCGACUGCUCAGGGACUCAUCGAUCACUUGGGGUUCACUUGAGCUUUAUUCGGUCUACAGAAUUGGAUUCAAACUGGUCAUGGUUUCAGCUGAGGUGUAUGCAAGUUGGAGGAAAUGUGAAUGCUUCUGCAUUUUUUCAUCAGCACGGUUGCACAACAAAUGAUACCAACACCAAGUACAGCAGUCGUGCAGCUCAGCUCUACAAGGAGAAGAUUAAAUACCUUGCAGCUCAGGCAACACGGAAGCAUGGUACUGAUCUGUGGAUAGAUGGCUGUGGAGCCCCUCUUCUAUCACCUCAAGAAAAAGAGGAAGACUUCUUUUCAUCGCAUGCUCAGGUUAUUAGCACAGAAUGGGAUUCAUCACAGCCUGAGACAAUAAAUCUCAAGCAGAGUUCUUCUGAAAGCAAAGAAGAAGAAUCUGAACAUGGACCAAGUGUCGAUUGCCUUAGUGUGUCACCACAAGCUUCGUUAGCCAACUUGGAGAAAGUCAAUGCUUCAGGCAUCGCACCUAGCAAAGAAGCCAGCUGCAUAAUAAAGAAGAAACCAAAUCAAGUAAAAAAGGGGCUUGGAGCUAAGAGAGGUGGCUUGGGGGCCCAGAAAAUGAGCAGCAAGAGUUUUAAUGAGAUUGAAAAGCAAGCACAAGCUGUAGAUAAAAUGAAGGAAGAUAUACAUGCCAGCAAAAGAACUGAGAAAGAGGAACCACUUGUAUCAUCUUUGCGACUGGCGUAUAAGGAUCUUGAAAUUCAGAUGAAAGAAGAGAAAUUGAAUAUGGCUGGUAAAAAGAAAACAGAGGUAGAAAGACUUGGAAUGGGAUUUAGUAGCAAUAGAAGUGGCAUUUCCCAUUCAGUAAUCUCAGAUAUGCAGAUAAUAGAGCAAGAAACACCUACAGUUGCAAAACCAAGGAAAAAAUAUGAGGAGGAGGACUCAUAUUUUUCUUCCUCCAGUUCAAGGUACUUUGAUACAGCAGAGUUGAGAAGCAGCACUUUUUCUAAAUGGGAUGACAAUUCAGAUUCCUUCUGGAAGAAAGAAAGCAGCAACAGAGACAUUCUGUCUUCAAAAACUGUGGGCUAUCCAGAUAGGCCUACUUCUCGUCGUAAACCUGAGUAUGAACCUUCUGCAAGCACAGAUGAGGCACAAAAGAAAUUUGGCAAUACUAAAGCUAUUUCUUCAGAUAUGUACUUUGGAAAGCAAGACCAUGCUGAAUAUGAAGCUAGAAUUCGUUUAGAGAGACUUUCUGGAAGUUCUGCUAUAAGUUCAUCUGAUUUGUUUGAAGAUCAGAAGAAACAGCCAUCAGGAAGUUACAAUAUUUCUAGUGUCCUGCCCACUGCUCCUGAUAUGGCUCAAUUUAAACAAGGAGUGAAAUCAGUUGCUGGAAAACUUUCUGUCCUGGCAAAUGGAGUAAUGACUUCUAUUCAGGAUCGCUAUGGUUCUUAACCAUUUGUAUCCACUGAAAUGAGUACACAGAAGAUUUUUUUUUAAUAUACAUCUACCAGUGAUCAUAUUACAGAUCUUAAAUGAAGGCCACCUUUAAGGCUUAAAAAUGAAGGCUACCUUAAGGUUUCAAAUUAAUUGGGCAUGUGUAUGUUUACUAUGUUUCCUUUCUGGCUCCUAGCAUCUUUCAUUUGAUGCAGUAACUUACCACUUAUUUUAUUCUGUUAGUGUUGUAUCUUCUGCUGUCUGUCUGCUUAUUUUGUUAUGAAUAAUGUCCCCACAAUCACCAAUCUGGUUCUGAAGCUAAAUAUAAUGAAUGGUGUUAUCUCUUACACUACAUCAGGACUGCACAACUUUGGUCUUCCUGCUGUUGGACUACAACUGGGAGUUGUGAUCCAGCACUAGCUGGAGGGCUGAAGUUCUGCAGCUCUGCACUAAAUGGUUAUUGACGAGCUAUGAAUUUCUGUUUGUAAGCUUUAGUUAUCACCUAGAGAAAAAUGGAUGAGUGUUUCAGUGAAAACUUGAGUUUACAGUAGGCCUGGUCUUCUCUUCCCAGAUCUAUUCAUGGUGAAGCUGGGAGUGGCUUUGGGGGUUGUGUCCUUCCUUCCUACCAUAUGUAGAAGGUAGCAUCUGGAAAGAGAAAUCCUGCAGAUAAUUGGAUGUGAGAUAUGUUACCUAGAUACUAAACUAGAUAAUUUAGAUCCAGUAUACAGGGUAAAAGAGAACCCAUGUUUAAAUAACAUCUGUACUGGAAGAGCCUACCAUUAUCUACAAGAGGCAUGUAGAGACAUUAAUCCAGAAAAUGUUGCUGAUCUUGCUAUCAGCAACAUUUGAGUGGGAUCCACAAUCCAACACCAAGAAAAUAUGCAUUGAUUUUACUAGGCUUAAAUGUAUUUAACACUGAGUUGGGUUAAAUACCCAAAUAAGCCAACUACUUGUCUUGAUAGUUUAAGACAAAUAUUGAUGGAUCUGUACAGGACAGGAAAUUGAAGUUAUAAUUGCAAUGUAGUUUAAUAUGAAAUGAUAAAAUAGGAUUGCACUGACUAAAUUACUGAGGCGAAGUCCCACUGAAAUUAUUAGGGAAUUAUUAUUACUAAGUUGUCCUAUUAAUUUCAAUUGAAAUUCUACUGAGUAAUAUAGUCAGGAUGUCAGCUAUAAUCUUUAAAGCAUUGUAAAGGAAUGGGAAAUGCAUAGUCCCAUGUGUCAUUUCAUUUUUAUGUUUUGACAGUCUUUGUUCAUAAAAUCUAAGAUUUUUUAAAUGGCAGUUUAGGCUCCUCAACUGUACACAGCACAUACAUAUUUUUAUUCCCUCAUACACGUUUUUGUAUGUCUGUAGAGGUCUAUUUAUAUAGACAUAGAUAUAAUAUAUAAAUAGAGAGAAUGAAUACUACACAAAUAGGUUGUCAUCCAGCAUGCACUGAAAGACAUCACAUGAGCAAAGGGGAAGGGCAAUUUUUGCUGAUCUCCCCUUCCUUCUGCAGCCCCGUGCACCUCCCUGAGAAUUGUAGGACUCUUGGGAACAUGUUUUCAGGUAGCACAGAGCAUACAAAAAUUGCCCCUCCUCCCUUGUGCACAAGAAACCUUUAUCAGCACAUGCAACACUAAUUUGGAUGUCAACCACAAAUCUACAUAUGCAAAUUGCAGGGCCAGACUGUUAGUUUUUAUAUGAAUUUUAGCACAAUCUUGUGGAUUUAAAAAGAACAGAAGUCUCACUGAAAAAGAAAGUACUAAAUAUGUCUAUAAAAGUAUAUAGUGUGUUGGAAGUUGUUGUAAAACAAACUCAAUUGAAAACAUUGUAGUGUGAAGGACUGUGAGAAAAAUCCAUCAUUCUCUCAAUUCUGUAUCUUUUUUUAACACUUGCCAAAUAAGAUGCUUAAUAAAAUUUGAAGUUGUAACUUUA